GUGGGUGCACAUAAAUAGUUGCAGAUGUGCAACCUGAUUCCUCAAAUAGUGCUCGGGUACCUUGUGAGCCCAUAGGUCUUUGACAAAGGUUUGCGAGAUGUUUCGCUGUGGCUCUGGCCACUCUACUGUGCUCGGUUGUGGGACUGGGUUCAGGGGUGAGGUUGAUUCGACAACUGGCUACGAGGGCUUGGUCAUUGCCAUCAACCCCGCCGUGCCGGAGGACCCCAAACUCGUCGAUGCCAUCAAGGAAAUGGUCACCCAAGCCUCUGCCUACCUGCACACAGUUACAAACAACCAAAUGUAUUUCAGAAAUAUCAGUAUCCUGAUCCCAUCCUCUUGGAAAACAAACUCCAGCUACCAGCAGCUGAAAUCCGAGUCCUACGGUCAAGCGGAGGUGCUUAUUGCUCUCCGAGACGACCCCAACGAUGACUCGCCGUACACUCACCAGUACGGGCUGUGCGGGGACCCCGGCCAGUACAUUCAGCUCACCCCAAACUUCCUCCUGAAUGACAAAAUCCUGGACGCGUACGGCCCACGAGGAAGAACCUUUGUCCAUGAGUGGGGCCACCUCCGCUGGGGACUCUAUGAUGAAUACAACAAUGACAUUCCUUUCUACUUUGAGAGUGGAAAGGUGGAAUUCACAAGGUGCUCAAAAAACAUCACUGGUGGCAAUGGAGUGGUAACGUGUGGAAGCACCGGCGCUUGUAAAGUGCGCGAAUGUAACAGCAAUCUCUUCACUGGCCUGCCAGAGGAGGGCUGCUCAUUCUUCCCGGACAAAGACCAAACAGCGCAAGAAUCCAUCAUGGCUCUACAGUGGCUUGACAAUGUGCAAGAGUUCUGCUCGGCAAGCUCGCACAACAAGGCAGCUCCGAAUCCACACAACCGGCUGUGUGGUUUAAAGAGUGCCUGGGAGGUGAUGCUGGGCCACCAAGAUUUCGCCAACCCCGCAGUGGGAAAUCCCAUGGAGCCGUCGUUCACCCUCCUGCAGCCCAAACACCGGGUCAUCGUCCUCGUCCUAGAUGUGUCUGGCAGCAUGACAAGUAACCAACGGAUCCCGAGACUCCGGCAAGCGUCGGAAAUAUUCAUCAUGCAGAUCCUGGAGGAUGAAACAAUGGCUGGAAUCGUGACGUUUGAUGACCAGUCAAACGUCAACAAGAAUCUGACCAGAAUCACGGAUGACACGAGCCGCAAAGAAUUCGCAAAAUACCUGCCUCUAGGCUCCAAUGGGGGCGGCACAGAUAUAUGUGAAGGAGUACGGCGGGGACUUUUGGUUUUGUCAGAAGACAAUGGCGAGGCCUACGGAGAUGAGAUCAUUUUGCUGACAGACGGCGAGGACAAUGGGAUCAGACACUGUUUCGAUGAGGCCUUCGACAGCGGCUGCACAAUCCACACCAUAGCCCUGGGACCCAGUGCAGAUGCGGGUCUUGAGACGCUCUCGACCAUCACCGGUGGAUUGCACUUUUACGCGACGGACAACUUAGACGCGAACGGCCUCGUGGACGCGUUCACAUCCACGACGACAAACAGCGGAGACGCACACUCUCUGGUGAUACAGCUCGAGAGCACCGGGAAAACCAUGAGCAGCAACGAGUGCCUCGAAGGAGUGGUGUUCAUGGACACGAGCGUGGGAAACAACACCAAGUACGUCGUCACGUGGCUCUCGAACAAGGUUCCUGAGAUCGUCGUCAGCGACCCGGGCGCCAACAACUACACCAAUUCGAAUUUCACCAUCGACGAGGGCUUCAAAACCGCACGGUUGACCAUUCCGGGAACCUCGCAACCUGGGGUGUGGAGUUACUCGAUAUGCAACAGAGCUGCCAACAAGGACACAUUUGCCCUGAUGGUGACCAGCAGCGCAUCCAGACAAGGAGUUCAACCCAUCACCGUGGAGGCGCACGUGCUAUCGGGUGUGGGUGGACAGCCCCACAUCAACGCCCUCUACGCCCAGAUCAUGCAGGCCUUCACGCCGGUCGUGGGCGCCACUGUCUUCGCCUUCAUAGAGCGGCCAAGCGAGCCGGUGGCCUACAAGCUGGAGCUUCUGGACAACGGGGCAGGUGCCGACGUGAACAAGGACGAUGGGGUUUAUUCUAGAUUCUUCACGCAGUUCACGGAGACUGGCCGCUACAGCGUGAAGGUGAAGGUGACGGGUGACAAGACGACCACGAAGCUGGCUCCACAAAGACACUCCCGGGCCUCCUUCAUUCCGGGCUUUCGCAACGAGAAAGGGGAGCUGGAGGUAACGCAGGUGCCAGCUCCGGCGGGUGGGCAGGUGCUGGUGCCGAGCGAGGACUUCAGCCGAGUGGCAUCGGGAGGCUCCUUCCAGGCGACGGUGCCGCCGGGCGGGCCCCGGGACAUCUACCCUCCGUGCCGCGUGCUGGACCUGACGGCCGAGUUGCUGGCGCCGGGGAUUGUCAGCCUGGCUUGGACGGCGCCCGGGGACGACGCCGACUUUGGCCAAGCGUCGGGUUACGAGAUAAUAACGAGCGACAGCCUGGACGCCUUGCUGGAGGCCACCGAGAGUAGCCUCGUGCCGAACGAAAACGUCACCCGCGGAAACCUGAGCGCACCGGCAAUCGCGGGCGACCUCGAGACAUUCAAAGUCACGGUGAGCGAGGUCGUGGCCGGCAGCGAGCGCUACUUCUCCGUCCGAGCCAUCGACAAGGUGGACAACUGGGCGAACAUCUCGAACGUGGCCUCGGUGUUCCUCGCCACCGAGCCGCCGUCACGUGCUCUGUACCUAGCCAUGAUGGUCAUCGUGACAUUCGUCUCGACGUUCUUCCUCCUCGGCGCCAUGGUGAUGAUCGUGCGCUGCGCGAGUAAGAGAUGCUGCCGUGCCAAGGAGAGGGACGAGGAAGCCAAGAAAAUGCCACGAUACUGAAACGAGCGGCACUGUAGUGACGAUUAAAGCGGACUGAGAUAGAAGCGGCGCUGAUAGCCAAUCAAAGAAAGGGAAAUGAGGGGGCGUGCCACUUUACUAUGACGUCACCAUCUCGGUCUAGGAAAUAAUCGCAUUGGUUACAUGUUAUUGAUUCUGCUUAUUGAUUUGCCCGCGGAAUUUGAAAAUGUAUUGUUUUUUAGAUUAUUCAUUACAAUCUCCAUUUUGUGCAGCUAUGUCCAGCACGCCGCCUCACGCCGCUCCCGGCACUUGCCCUUAAUCGGGAUUUUUUUUAAAUCUCAUAAAAAAACUCUUACUUUUGCUCCGUUAACGGCGGGUUUUAAGUUGAAAUAAAAGCGGGAAGAUUGAAAUCGAUCUUUUGGGGCGCUGUGGUUGAUUUACAGCAGCAUUUUCCUUAACGCCCCAUAACGUUGUUUCUACGUUUAUUAAGCAUUUGAGAGCUUCCUUUUAUUUCUCCAGCGGACAAUCAUGAUGAAAGUGCAUCGUGUAACACUAGACGACGCAAUUCAUGUUUCUAAGCGCGGUUAAAAGUGUGCUGUAUGUGCUGUACGUGAUCACUGUGUGCUAUCUUUGAUCUAUAAAUGUUUUAGCCAAAAUAGCAUCCGAUUAAAUUUCGAUUUAAAGCUUUAAUAACUGCAGGGAUUCAUAUUCUUGGUUCUUUCGGUAAAGUCACGUAGAAGGGAAAUAAUAAAAUAACACAAAUAAUAAAAUGUACAAAUAUUAUUAUUAUUUCCCUUCUACGUGACUUUACCGAAAGAACCAAGAAUAUAGCAUCCGAUUGUUAUAGAACACGAGAACACCAGGUGUAAUCAUAUGACCGACAUUCUAUAACAUUGUUGACGUAUACGCUCGUUAUUACAUUUGGAGUGGAGUGAUGCAUCGAUGGCCGGCACUAUGAGUCUGAAACCUGAGCUCGAUUGUUGGCCACGGCUCACAUCAGUGGCGAGCGGGGCCAGAAUCAGUCCUGCCGACUCACCCGCUCCCUCCCCUUUACCAAUCCCGCACUGAUCAGCAUGGUGUAGCAUGGUCACACUAACCAAACACCGUGGCUGGCAUGGUCAAAGUGUGAUGCCUCGUCGAUUAACGAACGGGUACAUUAAUUCGUAUUUAAAUUGGUGGAAAAUGUGCAAGAUUGAAUGCAUUACCUUUAUAAAUACGUUUGGGUUUGUGCAGUAAAUUGAACCCUCUUUUUGACUGCAUUGGUCGGAUACAAAGAUGGUCCGUGUUACUGUUCCAUAUGUCACAGCAGGUAAUAUAUUCUGUACGUUGAUUAAAGACCUUUAUUUGUCA